AGACUAUUGAAAAAGACUGCCACAGUGUGGUUCAGCAAACUUUUAUUUCCCAAAGGAAGAUGAAGCAUUUGGGUUUUUUUGCUGUAGCUGCUAUUCUGCUCUUCAACGGCUGUCACUGCACCUCAACAACAAUGCCUACAACAACCAAUGAAACCACAACUACUGGAAUCACAACCUCUGGAAUCACAAUCACUGGAACCACAAUUACUGGAACCACAACCAUUCCGCUUACAACCACUGGAACCACAACCACUGGACCUACAGCUACUGGAACCACAACUACUGGAACUACAACCACUGGAACCACAGCUACUGGAACCACAACGACCGGAACCACAACCACUGGAACCACAACUACUGGAACUACAACCACUGGAACCACAACUACUGGAACCACAACUACUGGAACUACAACCACUGCAAGUACAAACACUGCGACUACAACCACUGCAAGUACAAACACUGCGACUACAACCACUGGAACCACAACUACUGGAACCACAACUACUGGAACCACAACCACUGCAAGUACAAACACUGCGACUACAACCACUGCAAGUACAAACACUGCGACUACAACCACUGGAACCACAACCACAGCAGCAGCUACAACAGUGACCAUGAUGAUCACGGGUUCAACCACAAGUGGAGCAACAGUUGCAGCUUCAUCUUCAGUCUAUCAGCUUCUCUGUGCAGGUGUUCUUACCUGGACGCUGUCGCUUGUUCAGUGGAGAAGUUAGCAGAUACGGAGAGACCUGAACAUCAACUAAGAAUCAGUCCAGGAGCAGCAGAUAACCUAAUAUUAAUUGUUUAUUUUUUGUUAUUUUAAGAUUUUAUUUUAUGUAUUUAUAUAUUCUUUGGUGUUCAGUUUGGCCAUGUUAAUAAAGAUUCGUCAUUAAUGCUU